AUGGCUCAGUCUAUGAAAUCACUCAAGGAGGACUUUGUGUCUAACCUGACCGGUGGUACCAUCACCGAGAUCAAUCUUGUUACUGCUGUCGCGCCUGCGACAUAUAUCCUCUAUUCAGCUCUACAGACACGGCUGAACUUCUUCCGUCCCUACGGGCCUCUCCAAUUCGUCACAGACUUUUUCCUGAACACCGUCGCAAUACUUCUCUCAAUAACACUCUAUUCCUCGCUCCCACUGCUCUUCAACCUUUUAAUCCUCCUUCCCGCACUUUUCCUUACCAUUACUUCCGCCGCCGCUCACCAAAAACCCAAGCGCCUUGCGAAACCUAAAAAUGACACGGCGCCCCCGCCUUCUGAACCUCUAUUGCCCAAAAAGGCAUUUCUCACCGUCUACCGCGGGUCCAUGAUGGUGAUCACUUGCAUCGCCAUCCUAGCCGUCGACUUCCGCAUCUUCCCACGGCGCUUUGCAAAAGUCGAAAAUUGGGGAACUUCAUUGAUGGAUCUCGGUGUCGGCAGCUUCGUCUUCUCCUCCGGGCUGGUGAGCGCACGUCAGGUCCUUAAGGACCACUUCGCAAAGAAGGCGCCAUCAACUCUAGCAGUCCGGAUGAAAGGCGCUAUGAGAUCUUCAGCGCCUCUGAUUGUGCUAGGCUUUGUCCGCCUGGCCAUGGUGAAGGGUGUCGACUACGCAGAGCACGUAACAGAGUAUGGCGUACAUUGGAACUUUUUCUUUACGCUCGGGUUCCUCCCGCCGCUACUUGCUCUACUACAAAGUAUUCCUACUGGCAGCCUGGAUCUGACGUGGCUGUACACACUACUAGCGCUAGGCGUCGGUGUCACAUACCAAACUGUCUUGGAGUCUACGGGCCUCCAGAAAUAUGUGCUUAUCGGCGACCGCAAUGCUUAUGGCCUCCUCGGUCAGAACAAAGAAGGUAUUUCCUCGUUCUCGGGCUACCUUGCUAUCUUCCUGGCUGGAAUGGCAACGGGCAUGUACCUCCUUCCCUCCACCGCUAGCAAAAACAAGCUCUUCAAGACCCUCUGCUCGUGGAGUGUGGCUUGGGUCUUUCUUUUCUGCGCGGUGAACCAGUACUGGGGCCUCGGCGUUGGCAUCUCUAGGCGCUUGGCGAACCUGCCGUACUUCUUAUGGAUUGUUGCGUUCAACACAUGUCAACUCGCGGCGUUUUACAGCGUAGAGAGAUUCUUCUACGACGGCUGCCAGGGUGACAGCUAUGAGAUGGCCGUACCAAAGAUAUUGGAGGCGUUCAACGCGAACGGGUUGGCAGUGUUCUUGGUGGCGAACCUGUUGACUGGUGCAGUUAAUGUCAGCAUUAAUACGUUGACAGUGGGAAGGGGCGCGGCGGUGGCGAUUUUGUUAGGGUAUGUAGGCGUGUUGACAGUAUUGGCGGUCGGAUUGGAUAGAUCCGGUGUGAGGAUUAAGUUGUAG